GCGCCGGGGGCUGGCUGAGCUGCUGUGGCGGCAGCGAGAAACGGAGCGAGCCCGGCGGCCGCGGGCAGGCCCGGAGGCAACGGAGGAAGCGGUCAUGUCGCGCUACACGAGGCCCCCCAACACCUCCCUGUUCGUCAGGAACGUCGCGGACGCUACCAGGCCUGAGGACUUGCGCCGUGAGUUUGGUCGAUAUGGCCCUAUAGUAGACGUUUACAUUCCACUUGACUUCUACACCCGCCGCCCAAGAGGAUUUGCUUAUGUUCAAUAUCCUUUGUUUUACUUCAUAUUUGAAGAUGUUCGUGAUGCUGAAGAUGCUCUUUAUAACCUCAAUAGAAAAUGGGUAUGUGGCCGUCAAAUUGAAAUACAGUUUGCACAAGGUGAUCGAAAAACACCAGGCCAAAUGAAAUCAAAAGAACGUCACCCUUGUUCUCCAAGUGAUCAUAGGAGAUCAAGAAGCCCCAGCCAAAGGAGAACUCGAAGUAGAAGUUCUUCAUGGGGAAGAAAUAGGAGACGGUCUGAUAGCCUUAAAGAGUCUCGACACAGGCGAUUUUCUUAUAGCCAAUCUAAAUCUCGCUCCAAAUCACUACCACGGCGGUCUACCUCAGCAAGGCAGUCAAGAACUCCAAGAAGGAAUUCUGGUUCUAGAGGACGGUCAAGGUCCAAGUCCUUACCAAAAAGGUCCAAGUCAAUAGGAAAAUCACAAUCAAGUUCACCUCAAAAGCAGACUAGCUCAGGAACAAAAUCAAGAUCACAUGGAAGACAUUCUGACUCCAUAGCAAGAUCCCCUUGUAAAUCUCCCAAAGGGUAUACCAAUUCUGAAGCUAAAGCACAAACAGCAAAACACUCUCAUUUUCGAUCACAUUCCAGAUCUCGGAGUUAUCGUCAUAAAAACAGCUGGUGAACAGCCACAGAAGAGCGCUACAUAGUCUUGAAUG